CAGACAUCCUGUCGCAGAAGGGUCUCACAGCACUGUUUUUCCAUUGGCCUGAGUAGAUGUUUGAGGUGUUCUGAUUCAGAGAGGGGGACUUGCUUGGUCAGUCUGCGGUCGCUGGAGUAUUCCCUGUGCCUCUUCCACUGUGUUCAGCGCUUUUAGGACUCCAACACCGAGGACACUCUCAUAUUCUGCUCAGAUAUGAGUGGCCGUAUUAAUGCACUGGUGCGGGACUUCCUGACUGAUGUGCACCAGAUGUGCAGCGCAGCGGCGGAGGAGGAUCAGGAGGAGGGUUGCAUGUUGAAGCUAAGCGAGUACCUGCUCAGAGGGCGGGGUUUCCUGCUACUCAACACCAUGGAUCAUGUCAUGGACCAGGAGCUGUUGGGCCAGGAGGAGCUGUUGAAGUUGCUGCUGUCCCUGCUGCCUCUGGUGUGGAGGAUACCUUUACAGAACCAACCAGAAUACACGCUGUCUUCACUACCCAAAGUGUUUCUCUGGCCUGAGGGGAAGGUGUUCCUGCUGAGACCAGGGAAGGAGAAGGCUGUCCCAGAAGCACAAGAAGCUAGAAGGUCACAGUGCCAGCUCAGGACCUCCCAACGUCGUGUGUUGAGGAAUAUACGCCUGUCCCAGCUGAGCAGUUCCGAUUCUGACACCCCUGCAGAUAAGCCCGUCAGCUUUGAGGGUAAACGUCACCGAUCCUGUCGAUCGACCCUGCCAGUCAGCUCCCAGGCCUGCCGUACGAAAGCCCCAAACGCACCGCCUCCCGACAUAGAAACCAUGAGCGCUCCAGAGCGCCUGGACCUCCAGCAGAGGCCUGACAGCGAGCUGCUCAUAGAGCCCGCUGCUCUGUCCAUCUUUAAUGGCAUGGAGCAGUCACCCCUGGACCUCUGCCACGUCCUGCUCUCCUUGCUGGAAAAGGUCUGCAAGUUUGACAUGAGCCUCAACCACAACCCCGGGCUGGCCAUCAGCGUGGUGCCCACCCUCACCCAAAUGCUGGUGGAGUUUGGGGACUGCUGUGGACCGGGGAGCGGCGGGGCGGAGGACCUGGCUCAGGGCUGGACGGAGGAGCCGGUCGCCCUGGUGCAGAGGAUGCUGCUGCGCUCAAUCCUGCACCUGAUGUCCUUGGGCGUGUACCAGGGGGAGGAGCUGCCCCAACACCUCCGCAGGAACCUGACCGGCUUGCUGCAGGCCACCCUGAAGAUCCGCAGCUGCCUGGAGCGGCAGGCCAACCCCUUCGCCCCACGCCCCAAAAAGACCCUGCAGGAGGUACGGGAUGAUUUUUCUUUCUCCCGGACCCGCCACCAGGCGCUGCUGAUGCCAGAUCUCCUGGCUGGGGUUCUGCAGGUAUUGCUGGGCUCCCUGCAGGCCUCUGCCCCAAACCCCUUCUUCUUCAGCCAGGCGGUGGAGCUGCUGCAGGAGUUCCUGCAGCACCGUGGCCUGAGGCUGCUGGAGUGCGCCGUGCUGCAGCUGGAGCAGCCUGCCAUCCGGGAGUCUUCUGUGAGCGAGGAGGCAGCCAUACGCUCACGCGAGAUCAUCGCCGCCACGCUGAACAUUGUCACCGCCAUCAAGAAGACCAAGUCUGAGCAGCAGCACCAAUCCGUGUGUGCCCGGCAACACCACGGCCGCUGCCAGUACUCCCAGUUCCUGCAUCACCACCAUGACCUCUCAGGCCCACCUGCCUCCUCCUUAACACAGACCGCUCACCAAAACCCCUUCCAGGAGGACAUGCUGGGUGAGGAGGCACCCUACCCUGAGCGCUGCUGCUGUCUGGCAGCCGUCUCCCAGCAGUGCCUGCACCUCCUCCGGCUACUGCCGGCCAACAGCACCCCCUCCCUGCAGAUGGAGGCUGGGCUGCAGGCUGUGGGGAUCUGCUGCUGCAUGGACCCCAGCUCCGUUGUGGGCCCCCUCCUGCACCUCCUGGGCCUCCGCAGCCCGGGAAGCCCGCGGGCCAGCGUGCUUAACCUCCUCAGCCAUCUGCUGCUGGAGCAGCUGGGGGCGGGGCAAACUACACAGGCAGCCAAUCAGGUGGCCUGUAACAUCUGUACUCUGGACAGCAGCCAGUUGCCGGGCCUGGAGGCAGCCCUGAAGGGGGGUCCUGCUUCCCCGCCUUCUCCUGGCUCUCAGGGUGUCCUGUCCAGAGAGGGGGCGGGGGGCGUUGAGGACCUCCUGUGUAAGUGGGAGGCUCUGGCAGCCUAUCAGGACCAGGCAUUCAGCGAGGACCAGCAGCUCAGCCUGCUUAUGGCGGCUCACGUGCGCCAGCUGGUCCUGCGGGGAAACCCGGUGGUGUGCUGGCAGCUCUACAGCCACAUCUUCAGCCCCCUGCUACAGCGGGGCGUGGAGCUUGUCCACCAUGCCCAGCAGCUGGGUGUGUCCACCAGCUGUGCCCAGGCCUGCAGCUACCACAGCCAGUGCCUGAACAUAGAGGUGCUGCAGGUAUACAUACGCACACUGCCUGCAUUACUGCAGUCCAGAAUGACUUGGAACCUGUUCCUGAGCUGUAAUGGACUGAACCAGGUAACAGAGCUGGUGUACCUGGAUGCCACACGGCCCUGGGCCCUCAAGGUGUUUGAGAUGUUCAUCCUGAGUGAGUCAGAGGAGCAGAGUGACACCAUGCCGCAGGACCCAGUCCCCACGGAGACAGGGGCCACAGAGGGAGUGGGGGGGUCUCCCUCCACAUUGUGUGAGGGUCUGAGGGACAGGCAGAGCCACCAGAGCAGGGAGGUGGUGGGGAUGGGGUUGGGGCACAGUGGGGACGACACUCAUCUCAGCACCAUCCAUCUCUUCCUGCGCAUGGCCUUCCUGUGCGUCAGCAGGGACUCUGACUCAGACCGUGACUCCGCCAACGACUCGGAGGACACGUCCGGCUAUGACAGCACGGCCAGCGAACCUCGGGCCGCCUGUCUGCCCCGCCUCUCCCCUGACCGCCUGGCUCUGCCGUCAGGUGACCAGGUUCGGCGUGCGGCCGAUGUGUGGACUGUGUGCCGAGCGGUUUACCUGUCCAGCAGCACCUUCCAGAGGCAGUUCUACAGGCUGGGGGGGCUGGAAGUCUGCCCCCACCUUAUUACCCUGGUCAUCCAGACUCUGGCCUCUAAGACCUGGGACAGCAGAGCCAGGAGGAGGGAGCCCAGGGGGAAAGCCGUUCCUGCACACCCAGACACAGCCCAGGGUUCUGCUGAUCCCCCCGGCCCAGAGCGAGGUGAGGCCCCAGCCAGAGACGGCCUUCGGGGGCCAGAGGAGGAGUGGGCUCUGGAUAGCUUGCGGCUGCUGGAGGUUCUCAUAUCCAUAUGUCUGCACAGCUGUAGCAUGGCCCAGCAUAAGAAUGAGCCUCAUCUGCCCCCUCAGUUGCAGUCAGUAGAGAAGGUUCUGGCUGGGGUGAGAGACCAGCUCUGUGGUUUGGGUGUAGUGGAUACUGACCUGGCAAUCCCACUAUUUGACUCUUUGCUGCGAGUGGCCCUGUGCUCCAGCUCCAGGUGUGAGGCCACAGAGGAGAAGAAUGCACUGUCCUUGUGGGAGGAGGAGUUUGUACCUCCUACAGGAGAUCUCUCAGAGGAGACAGAGGGGCCACAGGGAGGAGAAUUUAGGACCCUAGGGGGAGAGGAAGGAUACGAGGCUGACAGUGAGAGCGAUCCAGAGUAUAACAUCCACCCAGCAGGUGAAGAGAAAAGGUUGGCUCAAGUAUGGAGAAGCGUGUUUGGGAUGAAUUCAGAAGGUCGCGGCAGGGAGGAGCUGCUGUUUCCGGAGAUCUGCACCAUGGAGCUACAGCUUCUUUCUGCUUCUUCCCCAAACCUGGAGGUCCUCCUCCACGUCCUGCACAGCCUGCUGGGAGUGGUGCGCAAAAACCCCCAUAAUGCUACGCUCCUGUACCAACAGGGGGCUGUGGAGACCAUUUUGGGAGGAUUCCAGAACAUUCUGAAUGAGUCUGACUCUUCCUUUCAAGCAUGUCAGGUAGUGCUGGUGGAGCUGCUGGUAGCCAUGGUAAGGGAUCACAUCACAGCAGAAGAAGUAGCCCUGUUGAUCCGGCUGUUCCUGGAAAAAGAGACUCCCACAGAUGUGGUUCUGAAGGGGAUCCUGCACAUUGUCCAGGCCAACAUGGACAUGGAAUCUCUACAUUUCCUGUCUUUCCCGCUGCUACCCAACACAUCCUGCCCAGGUCCCAGACAUAGCCGGGGUGGCAGAGCGUGGAAGGGAAAACCGUCCCUGGGGGGCAGGGAGGGGAGCGGGGAGACUCGCCCAGCACACCAGCUCACCUCUCCCUGGUAUGUGGCCCCCAUCCACCUACCUCUGGUGGGGCAGAACUGCUGGCCACACAUAGCCGAUGGCUUCAGCCUGUCACUCUGGAUGAGGGUUCCAUUCACUGCACAGGAAAUCUCUGCCCACUUGGACAGGAAGUCUAUGAGAUCUACAAAGUUCAGGGACAGCAAGGAGGACAGCACAGAGCAGGAGAAGUGUCCCUCAGUGGGGCGCCGGGGGACACUUCCGGGAGACUCGCUGGUGGAGGAGGGCUUUCUUCACAUUGCCUCACUGGGCUCCAAGGCUCUCAUGCUUCAACUGUGGGCCCACUUGUCCACCGGAACCUUUUUAUUCAGGAUUUCUGUUGACCCUAAUGAUGAGAUGAAAGCAGGUCUGCUAGCCCAAGCAGAAUCUGGGGAGGGGCUCCUGGUUCCAGGCCAGUGGCAGCAUGUUGCCCUCACCUACACCCAGCAGCCUGAAGGCAAGAAGAACGUCAGCAGCACCCUGGUGCUCUGGGUGUGCGGCGUCAGGAAAUGUGAGCUGUCUCUGGACUACACUCUCCCCAGGAAGUCCAGCCUGUCCACAGACACAAAGACCUUCUGUCUACUUGGACACUACCUGCCCUGUGCAGAUGAGCUGGACAGACAGAAAGCAUGCUGGGAUAUGGGCUGUGUGAUGCUCUUCAACGGCUCUAGGGUGAGUCUAGAGGAAGCCUUUUACCUGUACGCUUGUGGGCCGGACUGUACCUCCGUCAUACCCUGCAAGUAUGGCACCCCCAGCCCAAAGGUGUCCAGGUACAUGACCCAGGAGGGCCUGCAGGACUGGGACAUGGUAUCCAGGAGCAGGGCAGGGGGACCCGACACUGCAUCACUCAUUGAGGGUUUGGCGGUAGUGUACAUCCCAAGCUGCCCCAGUCAGUACUCUAUCUACGAGCCACUCGCAGGGCUGAAGGGACAGCCCAAGAUGGCAGUGACUCAGCGGACUUUGAGCACUAAGAUGGCGCAGAGCAAUGUGCUGGAGCCCCAGGCCCUCCGCACCCUGAGGCCCAGCGAGUCCCAGGGGCUGCAGAGCGUUCUGCACACCAUCGGGGGCGCAGGCACCUUCAUAUUCCUCUUUGCCAGGGUUGUGGAGCUGAGUGACAGUGAGCAGACCCAGGCUCUGGUCUUGCAGAUCCUGCUGUCUCUGGUCAAACAAAAUCAGCACCGAGUCCAGGAGAUGGACAGCUGCCAUGGUUACUCCAUGAUCCACCAGGUUCUCAUCAACACCAAGUGCAUUGUGGGAUACCAUAUACUUAAGGCUGUGCUGGAUGGCUGCUGCAGUCAGGAGAUCCUCACUGUCAGCGAGGAUGGGCACUUCUGUCUGAACACUGAGUCCACAGCGGUGGUGCAGGACCUGAGACUGCUGUCUGUUGUGCUGCUGGACUGGAAGAUCUGGUCCCGGGCUAAGGAUGGGGUAUGGGAGACCCUGCUGGCAGCUCUAGAGAUCCUCAUCAGGGUGCACCACCCCCAGCAGUCUUUCAACAUCCAGCAGCUACUCAAGGCCCAGGUGGUCCACUGCUUCCUGCUCACCUGCCAAGUGCUGCAGGAGCAGCUGACCCCCAUUUCCCAGGAGGUCUGUCUGUCCUUCACUAAGAUCAUUCAGGAAGUGCUGGGCUCCCCUCCAGACCUGGACCUGCUCCGGCUCAUCUACAACUUCCUGUUGGCUGUGCACCCACCCACAAAGACCCACGUGUGCCACACCCCCACCAGCUUCUACUUCUACCUGCACAUUGAUGGUAACCUGCACAAGGAGAAGGUGCAGUCCAUAGUCUCUCUGAGACAGUUGAGCAGGGGGGAGCAGUCCUCCAGCAGUUCUGUCCUCUCCUCCUCACCCAUCAGCUUCACUGCAGCACAGCCCCAAGAUCCAGUUCCACCACCCUCUCCAGAACAGGACGGUGAGGAUCAGCCUCUGCCCCCCUCCAGUGACGCUCCAUCGCCCCCCUCCUCCCCAUCGCUGUCUCAUGGGGAGGGUGACGGGGGCCCCUCAGGAUCUCACCAGAGCAGCACGGAGACGGUGAGGAGGGAGGGCGGUGAGGCGCUUCUGAGCAGCAGUGACUCAGGCAGCACCGUGUGUGACCUGCGGAGAGCCGGGGGCGUGAGGGACGCGUCCCCCGUCAGUGUGGAGGAGGAGCCGGAGGAGGGAGAUGUGGCUGAACGCUUUGAUUCAGCCAGUGUGGAGGUACCGUGCAGGCCUGACAGCCUGCAGCGUCUCCACUCUCCCCAGAGGAGGAACAGCGCCUUCACCAGCCUGGGCCUGGCUUUCCCCACCCACAACGGCACCCUGCCAAUCACCCGCAGGAGCAGCCUGGUCUUCCCCGCCCACAACAGUGCCCCGCCAAUCACACGCAGGUGCAGCCUGGCUUUCCCCGCCCACAACGGCGCCCAGCCAAUUACGCGCAGGGACAGCCUGGCGUUCCCCACCCACAACUGCAGCAUGGCUGACAGCGGGAUGCUGCCCAUGACCUGGGAGAGCUACGCCUACAGGCCCGGCUACCAGGCCUACAGCAGGGCCGGCUCCACUGACAGGUCUGCUGUGGAGGACUGCCUGGUGCUCAUGUGCUGUGGGCUAUAUGAGCUCCUGAAGGGAACCCUGCUGCUGCUGCCAGACCGCAUGCUGGACCAGGUCAUGGACAAGCUCAUCCAGCCCCAAGCGCUCAUGGUCCUGAUCAACCACUCAUCACCUCUCAUCCAGCUGAGCGUCAUGAAGUUGCUUGAUGCUUACUUCAUUCGGGCCACUAAGGAGCAGAAGGAGAAGUUUGUGAAGGGGCAGGGCUUCUCCCUGCUGGCCAAUCAGCUGUACCAGCAGCAGGGCUCCCAAGAGCUUCUGGAGUUCUGCCUGGAGAUGCUGUUUGGUCGCCCCGUAGGACUGGAGGACGAGCUGGAUCUAGAGGACACAGACAGCACAGACCCGUUCAGGAAGCGCUGCAUCAUCCCGCUGCUGGGGCUGAUAGAGAACUCCCUGUAUGAGAGCACGUUGCUCCACAGCGCCCUGAGCGUCCUGCGACAGCUGCUCAAUGCCUGCCCCAAACUGGGGGACAUCCUGCUGGACCAUGGCCUGCUGUAUGUGCUGCUCAACACGCUGGCCACCCUCAACGGCCUGGAGGACGGAAUGGCUCUCAAUGAAUACAGGCUCCUGCUGUGUGACAUCCAGCAGCUGUUGGUGGCUGUGACCGUCCACUCCUGCAGCUCCUCGGGGUCCCAGUACUUCCGCAUCAUGGAGGACCUGAUCACCCUGCUGGGCCACCUGCACAGCAGCAGUGUCCAGCGCACACGGGAGAUGGCCGUGGUCCUGCAGUUCAAAGUCCUGCAGUCGGCCAUCGAGUUCAUCCGGACCACAGCCAAUAAGGAUGCUCCAAAUGAGAGCAGUUCUGAAGACCCGCCUCCCUCUCCACGCCGGUCUCUUCAGCAGAAACGCAGGAGCAUAGCAGGUUCUAUGGCCACCAAAGACUCCCUUUUCCCACGAAUACCACGGCAGCACUAUUGUUCAUACGGACAGAUUCCACUCCCAUCCCCCUUCAGUUUCCUGUCCCAGGACUGCCCCCUUCCCUCUCCCACAGGGACCACCUCUUUCCUGCUUCCCGCUGAUGCAGGCCGCCGUCGGCUCUCGAUGGUGCAGUCGGACUCCCUGCUGACGCGUGUGCGCUCGAUGGCGGGGGAUGAUCUGACGCAGAUGAUGCAGCUCAGGAUGAGCGAGGAGAACCGCGCCCGCGCCAGCGAAUCAGAGCUCAUCCAGCGACUGCAGAGACUGGUGGUGCUGGCAGUCAACCGCCUCAUCUACCAUGAUAUCGGCCAGGACUGCUUUGACCUCCUGAAUAUCCCAGAAUCCCCUGAGAGACAGCCUAGCCCAGGAGAGCCGACCCCAGGGCAGAACGGCCUGGCUCCGCCCCUCACCGGCAUGAGAAGCUUUCAGAAGGCCAUUCUUAAGCUGAUGGUGGAGGGGAUGAAGAUCAGCCUGGCUGUGUCAGGGAGAAGCGGAGCCCCUAGGCAGCAGUGGCGGCGGAUGUUGUGGUCCUGCCGGGACACGUUUCGGGUGCAGAUCGGUCGCCUCCUGGUCCACGCGCUGAGCCCUGCCCGCCCGCUGCAGAGCAGGAAGGAGGCUCUGGAGCUGGUGUACGAGCCCUGCCACCCCGGAAUCCUGCAGGAGAGCCUGAGCCCGGGCCUGGAGCAUGGGCCUAAGCUGGCUCUGUACCUGUACGAGCUGCUCCGUGACCACAAGGACAAGCUGAGUAAGGAGGAGCAGACGGCUGGAGGGGUCUUCCUCACGUCCCUUAAACUGUGCGGUCACCGCUGCGUCCCUCCCAACGCGCCCCCCAAACCUGACCUCAUCAAGGCCAUCAAAGAGGAGCAGCAGAAAUACCUGUCUGAUGAAAAUAUGAGCAAAGCUGCCUGGGAGAAGAAGAUGGGAAUCACUCAGAAAAGUCUGAUGCAGAGGCUGGACAGCAAGUCCAAGGACAUCUCCAGGAUGGCAGCAGACAUCACGCAGAACGUGUCCCUGCGGCAGGGCCUGGAGCGCAAGAAGGUGAUCCAGCACAUCCGCCGCCUGUACAGGGGAGAGCUGAGUGCCAGCCGCUUCUGGAAGGAGCAAGUACAGCAACUUACACACGACAGAGCGGUUUGGUAUGACCAGGCCUCAUACCCCACGUCCUGGCAGUUGGACCCCACCGAGGGCCCAAACCGGGAGCGUCGGCGCUUACAGAGGUGCCAUCUCACCGUCCCCAAAAAACACCUGCUGCAGGACCGCCGCAAGCCAGAGGACCAAGUCAAGCCACCACUGUCUUACCUGUUUGAGGAUAAAAGCCACUUAUACUCCUCAACUGUGAAAGACAAAGCUACCAGUGAGCCCAUCAGGUUCACCAGGCGGUGCAUCAAUGUGGCGCCCUCUAGAGAAACUGCGGGAGAACUGUUGCUGGGGAAGUCUGGGAUGUACUUUGUGGAGGACAGCUCUGCUGAAGCCCAUGACACUCAGGAUGCCCAGGAGGAGAUGGAGCCCGCCUCCUUUUCCUGGACUUAUGAAGAGAUUAAGGAGGUCCAUAAGCGCUGGUGGCAGCUGAAGGACAGCGGUGUGGAGAUCUUUUUGACCAAUGGCAGGACCUUCCUGCUGGCCUUCGACAACACCAAGUUCCGUGACGUUGUUUACCAGAAUAUUCUCUCAUCCAACCUGCCCAACCUGCUGGAGUACGGGAACAUCAUGGCACUCACACACCUGUGGAGCACUGGCCAGAUUUCCACCUUUGAGUACCUCACACACCUUAACAAGCACGCUGGCCGCUCCUUCAAUGACCUCAUGCAGUACCCUGUGUUUCCCUUCAUCCUGAGAGACUACACCAGUGACACGCUGGACCUGAACGAUGCUGCCAUCUACAGGAACCUCAGUAAACCAAUAGCAGUGCAGUCUAAAGAGAAGGAGGACCGAUAUGUGAGCAACUACAAGUACCUGGAAGAGGAGUUCAGGAGAGGUACUGCUGAUGGUUGCUCCAUGCCCCCUGUGCAGCCUUAUCACUACGGCUGCCACUACUCCAACAGCGGCACCGUGCUCCACUUCCUGCUCCGAGUGCCCCCCUUCACCGACAUGUUCCUGGUCUUCCAGGACCACAACUUUGACAUCCCAGACCGUACCUUUCACUGUAUGGAAACUACGUGGCGUCUGUCCUCCUACGAGUCCAUGACUGACGUCAAGGAGCUCAUCCCAGAAUUCUUCUACCUGCCUGAAUUCCUGGUCAACAGAGAAGGGUUUGACUUCGGUGUCCGGCAGAACGGUGAGCGUGUGGACCACGUCAGCCUGCCACCCUGGGCCCGGAAUGAUCCGCGUUUGUUCGUGCUGAUCCAUCGGCAGGCGCUGGAGUCGGACCAGGUGUCCCAGACGCUGUGCCAUUGGAUUGACCUGGUCUUCGGGGUGAAGCAGAAAGGCAAAGCCGCCAUUCAGGCUGUCAAUGUCUUCCACCCAGCGACGUACUUUGGGAUGGACGUGUCGGCGGUGGAGGACCCUGUUCAGCGGCGUGCUCUGGAGACCAUGAUUAAGACGUACGGUCAGAUGCCGCGGCAGCUCUUCAGCAGCGCCCACACCGGCCGCACCGCCCCCCACCUCCUCACCGAGAGCGAGCUGCCGGCCGCCGUGGGGCUGUUCGUCCAGCGCGCCUUCAGAGACAGCAAGGAGCCGCUCAGAGAGGUGGUCUGCCAGAGCCCACUGCCCUGGAUCACAGGGCUGAAGUGGGGGGAGUACGUGGGCUCCCCUUCUGCCCCCGAGCCCGUGGUGUGCUUCAGUCAGCCCCACGGAGAGCAUUUCGGCACCCUGCUGGCCCUGCCCACCCGGGCUGUCUGUGGCCUGUCCCGCAACUUCUGCCUGAUGAUGAUCUACAGCAAGGAGCAAGGAGUGCGGAGCAUGCACAGCACGGAUAUCCAGUGGUCGGCCAUUUUGAGCUGGGGCUAUGCUGAUAACAUACUUCGACUGAAGAGCAAGCAGAGUGAGCCACCAGUCAACUUCAUCCAGAGCUCCCACCUGUACCAGGUGAGCAGUUGCGCUUGGGUGCCAGACAGCUGCCAGCUCUUCACAGGCAUUAAGUGUGGGGUGAUCUUGGCCUACCACUGCGGCUUCACCAACACCGUGCCCUCAGAGUUGGAGGUCGACUCCCAGGUGCACCUGUACGGCCACACAGCGGAGGUAACCCACCUGUUCGUCUGUAAGCCCUACAGUGUGCUUAUUAGUGGCAGCCAAGAUGGCACCUGCAUCCUUUGGGACCUGAACAGGUUGUGUUACAUACAGAGCCUGGGGCAUAAGAAUCCUGUCACAGCUGUGUCCGCCAGUGAGACCACGGGUGACAUCGCCACCGUAUGUGACUCUGCAGGGGGUGGCAGUGACCUACGCUUGUGGACCGUGAACGGAGCCCUUAUUGAACUGGCUCAGAGUCGAGAGACCAUCCACUCUCUGGCGUUCUCCAAUCAGCCAGAAGGCAUGUCUGUCAAUGUCAUCGCCGGGGGACUGGAGAAUGGAGUUGUCAGACUCUGGAGCACUUGGGACCUGAAGCCUGUCAGAGAGAUAACUUUCCCCAAGUCCAACAAACCCAUUAUCAGCCUGGCGUUCUCGUGUGAAGGACACCACUUGUACACAGCCAACAGCGAUGGCACGGUGUUGGUCUGGUGCCGGCGGGACCAGCAGCGGAUGAAGCUCCCCAUGUUCUACUCCUUCCUCAGCAGCUACGCGGCUGGGUGACCCUGCACGCUUCCCCCCAAGAAACCAGGGGCUCAGAGCAUGGAGUAACCCAGCAAGAGCUCUAUGACAUACACCAGCCGCUCCCAGCAGAGACAACAGAGCUGUGUACAUACAGGACUAUAAGCAAUCUGAAUGUAUAUACAGUAUAUAUGGGAAUGGAGUUGUUCAGAGACUUUGGCUGAGGGAUUUGACACUCAGAUGGCAAUUCUUCAACCUGGUCCUUAUCAGUCUUUCGUUAGACAUUCAUUUGUACAUUUUUUGUCUGUUGAUUAAUAUUUAUUUCCCUUUGUUGCCACGAAUGUUGUAAAAAUGUAAAGCUUAUUUUACAGUAUUGUUCUUUUUAGACUGCUACAGACCGGCUUUGCCAGACAGGGGUGAUGUUUCAGCUGCUAAUCUUUUUGAACCCACUGUUUGCAUCUCUAGUGAUUAUCCCCCAAAAGUGAAGCACAGUAGCCUACACAGGCUCUGUGCCUGUCACUGAAUUUUGGACCUUGUGUGUUCUCUUGUGGCAGCGUUUAGCUCCUGGGACUCUUACAGUAUCUUAUUAAAAUCAUAAGGAGUCAGAGCAAAAUAGCCCACUUGCAAGACAGAUUUAUUUUCAAGGUACUGUGCAAGUCAUUAUACUCUAAUGGCUCGGAAAAGUCUUUCCUGUGUCCCUUGAAAGGGAUGAGCAGUGAAAUGAAAUAAUGUUUCAAAUGUAGAAUGUGCUUUCAACUGCAGAGGUUCUGCAGAGAAGCCACUUCUGAUCUUGGUGGCUUUCAAUGCUCUCCUGGCUGUCCUGUUUUUACUCUGGGUUAUAUGAUGUUAUAUGUUGGGCUAGAGGACAUGGAGGAGAAAGACUAUUUCCAGGCUGAAAUCACCUGUAACACCAUCCUUUUUUAAAGACAAAUUCUCACUGUUAAAGUGCAUAUCAAACAUAAACUCCCUGCAUUUGCUGCUGCAAUAUUAAUUACUUUAUUUCUAAAUAUUAUCCAUUGGCAGUUCAUAGGACUGUACAUUCUACAUUUCAUAUUAUGCUUAAACACUACUUGAAAGGGAGAGUUUUUGUUAUUUUAUCCUCACGACAAUCAUUUAAUUUUCCAGUGAGUUUUGGAAUGAGCUCAAGCAGAUUUAUGUAACGCUUUGUUAGCAGGUUUCAGAAAUAUAUGAAGCUAAUAAAACAGGUGUCUUUUCACA